GCCGGGCUCUUCCUGAAAGCUCUACGGCAGAAUCGUACCUUGCACCUUACAGCUGCCUCAGCGUCCUCUGGCCGCCCCUAAAAAUGCACUGCAGGGACUGUGCCCUGGUGACCAGCUCCGGGCACCUGCUGCGCAGCUGGCAAGGCCCCCAGAUCGACCAGACCGAGUGCGUCAUCCGCAUGAAUGACGCCCCGACGCGCGGCUACGGGCACGACGUGGGCAAUCGCACCAGCCUGAGGGUCAUCGCGCAUUCCAGCAUCCAGAGGAUCCUCCGCAACCGCCACGACCUGCUCAACGUGAGCCAGGGCACCGUGUUCAUCUUCUGGGGCCCCAGCAGCUACAUGCGCAGGGACGGCAAGGGCCAGGUCUACAACAACCUGCAACUCCUGAGCCAGGUGCUGCCGCGGCUGAAGGCCUUCAUGACCACGCGCCACAAGAUGCUGCAGUUCGAUGAGCUCUUCAAGCAGGAGACUGGCAAAGACAGGAAGAUCUCUAACACUUGGCUCAGCACUGGCUGGUUCACCAUGACAAUUGCGCUGGAGCUCUGUGACAGGAUCAAUGUUUAUGGCAUGGUGCCCCCAGACUUCUGCAGGGAUCCCAAUCACCCUUCAGUACCUUAUCACUAUUAUGAACCGUUUGGACCUGAUGAAUGUACAAUGUACCUCUCGCACGAGCGAGGACGGAAGGGCAGUCAUCAUCGCUUCAUCACGGAGAAACGCGUCUUUAAGAACUGGGCACGGACAUUCAACAUUCACUUUUUUCAACCAGACUGGAAACCAGAAUCACUUGCUCUAAAGUCUCCGGAGAAUAAACCUGGGUUCUGAGCAAUGAGGGUGCCAGAUCAAAAUCCCAAGUACCUACGGUAUCAGACGCCGGGGCACUGAACUUCCGGAGCCAGCAGACACAAAAGAGGGACAGAACCGGGAGAGGACACUCAAUAAGCAGCAUGUACAGAUGCCUCGGAGGCGUGACUCCCAAACGGUGCAGUUGGUCUGUAAGGAGAAAAAUGCCAGAAUUAAUAGGUCCUCCUGAGUGUCAUCCCUUGCAAAAGGGGUUACCUUAAGAGCGAAACACCCAUGUCAGGUGAUGCUGCCGUGGCUAAAAAACAGUCUGGAUCUCUUUAUUGCCUUCAAAACUGAAACACGAGCAACUCAACCAUGUUAGUUGUGCUCCUUUAUAGAAAUGCCACAUCGAAGGACGUUUUUCUAUCAAGUUGUUGUAUCCUAACCUGAUCUAUAAUCUUUGUCAUCUAUUGGGCUCUGUAUGUGUGAUUUGUAAAAAGCAGUCUGAAAGUAUGGACAUGAUUUCUGAAGAGCACAUCUCCACUGACUUUCAUAAAGCAAAUGCCCAAUAUUUAUUUAUUAAGAGUUUUUUAGUGUAACUCUAGGCCAGUAUUUUUAUAGAUGAUGAUUAUGUGGUAAUUUAUCCUUCUUAACUCUUUUAACACUGAGUGAUGGUUGGAAGACAACUAGAAUGGGGCUGGUGAGUGACUGGGUUCACGACGCUCAUUGUUAGCAUGCGGUUGGCUUGGAAAUGUCAUGUUGUGUUUUUUGAACCCUUAGGCUUCAAGAAGAGCUAUGACAUUUUCUAACGUAAAGAAAUGCUCCAAAUGACAAAACUGAAAACCAAAAACUGUGUUAUUAUAACAAAAAGAUACUAACAAAAGAAACUUAAAGAUAGUUGUCUUUAGUGAUAGUUGGUGUAGGUUACUUGGCAUAAACCCUAGUUUUCUCGUCUUAGAAUGAUGUCCCUGUACCAGAUGACUGCCUAAGUUUCCUUCCAAAUCUAAAAUUCUGUAAGCCUCUCAUUGACCCAUUUGAGGACCUUGCACUCGGAAUGAUGUGGUUUCUACGUAGCAAAAGCCUGAUUUUAGGGGGUCUUUUUAUUCUACCAUCUAUCUCCCUCUGUGGUUAAGAACAUAGCUUCCUCACUGGUCCCCAUUGGCUACUGUCUACCCCAUGCUUCUCUGUGUUUUUUGCACCUAAAAAGGUGGGGGUGAGGGGGCAAAAAAAAAAAAAAAAACUAAGAGAGAACCUCUGUGGUAUUCCCUGACUAUAGGAGCAAGGAACAGCCUUUCUCUGAGUCUAUGAGAAGGAGAAGAGAACACAAGGAGAUUCCCUAUCAUAUGACUUAUUUAUCCUGUGAACUAUUCAGAUUCACUCCUUGCAAGUCACAGCCAUUCCCUGGUCUGGAGGAGUCUGAAGGACUUAUUUUAUUCAGAGCCAAGAUAGCAGUAUGAAGGACCUUCAUUUAAGCAAGUGAAAUUCUUCAAAAAUAGUCUUUUUUUAAAAAAAAUAUACCAGUGUUUUUUUUCCCACAUGACUUAGAAGGCAUGCAUUUUUUUUUCCAAUGCCAAAUUCGAAGGCACCAGCAAGUAUUACGUAUGGAGACUGACAUUGUUUUACAGAACAUGACCUAACCUGUGAUUAAAGGUUUUUCACAUUGCCA